AUGGAACACUCACUCAACGAUGUUUUAUUAGCCUUACCUGAUUGCGUUUUCAUUUCUCGGUUACAUGAGAGCAGGCACUUAAUGAUCCUUGUAGCUGGAGUUGCUUAUUUGCAAUGCUUCAUGCAAUGCAACUGGACUGGCCCUAGAAUAGCUUCUGACGCAUUGCCUAGAGUACAAGAACUAAAUUCAUGUGCUCAAAAAUUGCUCAGCUGCGAUGAAGAACCUCCUUACCCUUUGGCUGAUUUCUACGGUCUCUUAUGGAUCUCUCGAUUAUUAUUAUUUAAUUGCCGAAAUCAAUUGAGCUGCCUAAAGACAGCUCCAAUAUGGUGCAUAAGAUGUCUUUAUGCCCAUCAGCAAUUAUUUAACGAUACCAUUCCAGAUCUCAUGCAAGCGAUUUUCGCACAGAUUGACAUAGUUACCGAAGGUCUUUUGCAAGAGGAAGAUUUUCCAUCGCUACUUUGCUGUCAAGUCUACGUGGAAUAUUCUCACUUGAAACGGUGUUACCAUGGUUAUUUUGAAGCUAAGAAAUUGCUUCGAAAAGCGGAGUCUGUGAUCGGCUUAAAGUUGGAGCUAACAGGUCGAUUAGGAAAACGUACUCGUUUUCAGGAAAAAGAGUUGGCUCAACUUACCGCUUCAAUCAAGUACGAAACGUUGAAAGAUAAUCGGAUAAGCAUAGAAGAAUUUUCGAAACUGGAAACUGCUGCCCUCCCAAAAGAUGUUGCAUUGGAUGAUGAUACUGUAAUGCAUCGCAUUCAAUUUUCGGACAAUCAAGGAGACAUUCCUGUUUUAUUGCCUAUAGAGGAAAUAGUAAUACUAGCCAAUGGAAUUGAAGUCUUGCAAAUAACGCCUGACCAUGAAUUACUGAAGGAAGAAAUUUUGGCUUAUAUUAAUUGCAAUCUUAUGUAUCCUCAAGACUGGUCUAUACAAAUGAUGAGCCUCAUGAUUCGUUCCAAAAUAGAAAGUAAACAUCACCGCACUGUGGAAAGAUCAAUGAUGCAAUUGCAAGCUUUAGUUGAUAAUGUUAAUGCUACACUACCACCUGUUGCUCACAGAUUGAAAUUUGCUAAUACUGUUAAUUUUCCUCCUAUUUGGAUAAUGCAGCUUGAAUUAGCGAAAAUUUUAACUGACCUCGGAGCAAUUAAGAGUGCCUUGGAGGUAUAUGUUCGUCUAGAAAUGUGGGAAGAGGUUAUUAUGUGCUAUCACGCGAUUGGUCAGCGAGAUAAGGCAGAGCAGCUUACGAGAGAACGUCUUAAAAUCCAAGAAACACCGACCUUGUGGUGCUUAUUAGGGGAUAUUCGAAAGGAAGCUGAGUUUUAUGAACGGGCUUGGAAAGUUUCAAAGCAUCGCAAUGCCAGAUCUCAGCGUUCUCUUGGAUUUCUCUAUUUGUAUGCCGAAAAGUAUGAAGAAUGCAUUGCAUGUUUUAAGGAAACGCUAAAAGUUAACUCCAUGCAGGAACACGUCUGGUUCUCCUUGGGAUGUGCUGCAAUGAAAACAGAAGAUUACCACCUUUCUGCUGAGGCUUAUCGACAAUGUGUUCGAUUGGAUUCAGAUAAAGCUGAAGCUUGGUCCAAUUUAUCGACAGCUUACAUCAAAUCGAAGCAAAAGCAUCGCGCAUACCGAACUCUUCAAGAAGCGCUAAAGUGUAGCUUUGAGAACUGGAGAAUUUGGGAAAAUUACUUGUUUGUAUGCGUAGAUAUUGGCCAGUUUGAAGACGCAAUUACAACUAUUCACCGUCUUAUGGAUCUAAAAGAGAAAUAUAUAGAUGCUGAAAUUCUUGAUAUUCUUGUUGAAGCUGUCAUAACUGGAAAGGCUGAUUCGCAAGGUGAAUCUGCAGCGAAACAAAAACCCAUAUUGUUAAAACUGUUUGGCCGUGUUACUUCAAAGAUAACGAACAACGCAGCGGUGUGGUAUAGUUAUUCCAAACUCUAUAUGCAAUCUGAUUUGAAAGAAGAUUCUGAUAAGCGAAUUUCAUUACUUCAGAAAUCUGUACGUGUUGCUAGCCAAAAACCUAAAUGGGAAAGUAAUUUGGAAGAUAUAAAAUUAAUUGCCUCGUAUGCGAAGAUGUUAUCGGAAGGCGCUUUAAGCAUUGGAAUGGACAAACGUGAUGUGUCAGAAUUAGUUCAGAUAUUAUCAUCGACAAUAUUAUCCUUAAAUAGUAUAGUGAAUAAAAUUAAGCAUCAAAUUUCAUAUGUCAAUACGGAGGUUGACAGCCAAUUGGGGACAAUUUGCUCAAAUUUGGAGGAAAAUAUAAAUAGUCUCAAUAAUUCUAUCCAGACUAUUCGUUCAUGA